AUGAAGAUGAUUUCCGGUAUGAGGAGCAGUAUCUUGCGAUCGGCCGUCAGUAGACCAUCGCUGAGCCUGGUUGCCAGGUUCAACUCAACCAAGGUUGGAGCUGAAAAGUCAGAGCUGUUUGAGGCACCAGCAACGAUGGCUAAGGCGUCUGGAUUACCAAAUAUGGCAGAGGAUUUGCCUCCAAACAAAGAUAUUCCACUUAGUAGAAAGCUUGCGGUUGAUCCUAGAGAAUCUAAGCAGUAUUCCCAGCCUCAGUGGAAGGAGUCCCUUGGAGAGACGUUUAUCUCUCUGUUCAGGGUGAACAUGGAUAAUGUCAGAUCCGGUUCGAUCGGUGGAUCCAAGUAUUACUACAUGACCAGAGACCAGGGUUUGCAAUACGCCGACGAAGAACUAAGCGAUACAGCCCGUUAUUGGUACGAUACCCUUGGUUUGCCCAGGACGUUUUCGCAGUGGUUUCAGAUAACUUCGUUACACAUAUGGAUUUUAUUUGUGAGGAUGAGGGCUAUGCCGUUUAAGGAGGGCAAGAACUACCAGCAAAAGCUGGUGGACCGUUUUUUCAAGGAUAUGGAGCUCAGACUCUCGGAGGAGAUGAACGUGAUGUCUGGUAGAAUUAUCGACACGUAUCUUAGAGAUUUCCAUUCACAGCUUCUUGGUAUAAUUAUGUCGUACGAUGAGGGUAUAGCUACAAAUGAUGCAGUUUUGGCUGCUGCUCUGUGGAGAAACCUGUUCAAUGGUGAUAAGAGUGAUUUGGUGCAUGUUGAGUCAGCUCUGAGAUACGUGAGGAUGCAACUGUAUGUUCUCUCCAAGAUGUCCGACAGGGAGUUUGGUUUUGGGGAUUUCGUGUUUGUGAAGCCAGAUCAAUUUGUCAAGCCUCUCACACCAGAAGAGGAGGCUGCCCUGAAGAUCAAAGUGAAACAGGUGUAUGAAUCGUCUGACAAACUUCUUCCCAGUCAGAGGUCCAACCUUUCAUUGGAAGAAUAG